AAAAAUUGUUCUUGGACACAGAGUUGGACACACACACACACACUGCACAUUCUCUCACACACACAGAAGCGUCCAAUGUUGCAGCAAGUUCUUUUCUUACUUCAGUCUUCAGUUUAUUCAGAUACGAUCCCAGAGUGAUUGAACAAACAGUUUCAACAUGGGAAAUAUAUUUUUGGCAACCUCCUGACAGAGUCCAAACUCGAAGAGUUUUUCGACUGUAAUUUCUCCCUUGGAGCCAUGCUUCCCAUACGUUUUGAAGUGCUACCGACUCGAUGCGCUGUGAGCAGUGAGAGGUGGAAACGCCAACAGCAAACCUUCUGUGCUCCUGGCUCUUUUGCUUCUUGCCUUCUUGCUGGAUUGGCUUGUAGCAAGGCCGCAGAAGGGCACAGACAAGCUAGAUACCACAUCUGUGCUGUUGCAGUCCACCCUGUGCAACUUCGACGCAAGCGGUUGAAUCAGCUCAAGGUUGGAGAGAAACUGAAGGGGAGAGUGGUUCACGUGGCAGCCACUCAUGCUGUGGUCGAUGUUGGUGCAGAGUGCGACGCUGUCCUACAUGCCAGCAAAAUGGCUCAAGCCGAUCAAAUCCCUGGCAGGGUUGUUGAAGGCAUGGAGGUGGACGUUUGGGUCAGUGGGAAGAAGUCUGCAGGUUAUGGCCUGGCAGAUGGCACAACUUGGAGAAUCGACGCAAAAUUGGAAGUCACGAUGCUGCAUCCGAAGGAUCUAUCAGCGGAUGUUUCUGAAUUCCUAAACCUGCCUGCGGACGCAUUGCUUGCGGCAACAGUGUCACGCAUCGAGGAUUAUGGUAUUUUUGUGAUGGUUCGUCCUCCCAGUGGUGCUGUCCCAGUACAAGGCUUCGUACACGUCUCCGAGAUGAAAGAAGGUUUCGUAGAGCAUCCUGCCAAUGAGGUGGAGAUCGGACAGGAGUUGACAGUGAGCCUCCUACGCGUGGAUCGCAAAUUUGGAAGGUUACGACUUUCGAUGAAGUUGCCUGAAGUGGAGGGUUACUGAGGAGUUGGGUACGUAGAUGUGCGAAUGCUCAAGCAUGUUAUUGCUUUGACAAGGCACAAAAUUAUGUGCUCCUUUCUUGUCUCUUUCCCGUCUGAUUCUGCAAUUUAGAUUUGCAAACAUAGCCUAAGCCUAAC